AUGGUAUUCUCGGCCAUCACCUCCGGAGCUGUUUUGCUCAUCGCUCUACUCCAGGUUCUUCCUGUCGCGGCAGUCCCAGCUGCUCUGAACCUUGACGAGAACGGCAUCGGGGAGAUCGUCUGGGAGAUUCAGACUUCUCCUGGAGGGCCCACCGUCAACGUGACGGGGACUGUUCAAGAAGUCAUCCGGUCUGCUGAGAAGAUUAACCCAAACUUUCGUUCCGACUUUGCCCUUGAC